AUGGUCCAAACGAUGGAAAGCCUUCUAUCUACUCUGGAGAAGUAUGUCGCCGAGCUGGUCCAUGAGAACGACUUACCUCGUCAACCUAUUCCUCAGCCAGCACGGUUUGUGAGCUCCGCAACAUCGACUGCACCAAGACAACUGCUCUCACAACACGAUGCAAAGGUUUUGACGGACCUCUUCUCUUCCAUCCGCAGCCUUGAAGAAGGAACUCGAACAAGUCGUGGAAGGAAGAUGCUCCGGGAUUACUUUGACCCGGGCACAGAACAAGACUUGGGUCAAACAAAACGCCGCGACGGCAAAUCCUCCCGCGCGCCCAAAUCUUCCCUCUUCGGCGGCGGCAGGUCGGGAGGAGCUGAUGGCGGUCAGACUCAGAUAAAGAAAGCCACCUUUGAGAUCACGAAGAAGAAAGAGGUCGGAGUCUCUGAUCUCACCCUAUUGAGCAAAGUCUCCAAUGAAGCCAUCAACGACAACUUGAAGAAACGCUUUGAGCAUGGCGAAAUCUACACCUACAUCGGUCAUGUCUUGGUCUCCGUCAAUCCCUUCCGAGACUUGGGCAUUUACACCGACCAAGUCUUGGACUCUUAUCGAGGGAGGAAUCGACUCGAAGUGCCUCCUCAUGUCUUCGCGGUCGCUGAAUCUGCCUACUACAACAUGAAAGCAUAUAAAGAGAACCAGUGUGUCAUCAUUUCAGGUGAAUCCGGCGCAGGCAAAACAGAGGCCGCCAAACGCCUGAUGCAGUACAUUGCCAGUGUCUCGGGCGGAAGCGAUUCCCGAAUCCAAAGAACAAAGGACAUGGUUCUCGCAACCAAUCCUCUCCUCGAGUCCUUCGGUAAUGCGAAAACCCUUCGAAACAACAAUUCCUCCCGCUUUGGCAAAUAUCUAGAGUUAGAGUUCAAUGAGACUGGUGAGCCAGUGGGGGCCAAGAUCACAAACUACCUUCUUGAGAAGUCCCGGGUCGUCGGCCAGAUCACGAAUGAGCGGAACUUCCACAUCUUCUAUCAAUUCACUAAGGCCGCCCCUAAAGAAUACCGGGACAACUUUGGCGUCCAGACCCCCCAGUCAUACGUCUACACAAGCAAGUCCAAAUGUUUUGAUGUCCCUGGCAUUGAUGAUGCCCGCGAAUUCAACGAUACCCUUGAGGCGAUGCGGGUUAUUGGUCUGACCAAGCCUGAGCAAGAUAACAUCUUUCGAAUGCUAGCGGCCGUUCUAUGGGUGGGAAAUAUCACGUUCAGAGAGAACGACCAGGGCGGUGUCGAUAUAGCCGAUCAGUCGGUGGUUGACUUUAUUGCAUAUCUGCUAGAAGUCGACUCCGCUCAUGUCCAUAAGGCCAUGACAGUCAGAAUCGUCGAAACUGCCCGUGGUGGUGGUCGACGAGGAUCUAUAUACGAGAGCCCUUUAAAUCCCGUGCAAGCUCUCGCCGUUCGAGACGCCCUCGCAAAAGCCAUCUACUUUAAUCUUUUCGACUGGAUUGUUGCCCGUACCAACGUCUCACUACGAUCGCAAGGCGUUGUGAAGAACACGGUGGGAAUUCUGGAUAUUUAUGGGUUCGAGAUUUUUGAGAAGAACUCUUUCGAGCAACUCUGUAUCAACUACGUCAAUGAAAAGUUACAACAGAUUUUCAUUCAGCUCACCCUCAAGACCGAGCAAGAAGAAUAUGCCCGCGAAGAGAUUCAAUGGACUCCAAUCAAAUAUUUUGAUAACAAGGUCGUGUGUUCCUUGAUCGAAGAUAAGAGGCCACCAGGCGUCUUUGCAGCCCUCAAUGAUGCUUGCGCCACUGCUCAUGCGGAUUCAGGUGCUGCGGAUCAAACAUUUGUUGGGCGGCUCAACUUUCUGUCGAGCAACCCCAAUUUUGAGAGUCGACAAGGACAGUUCAUCAUCAAACAUUAUGCUGGUGAUGUGAACUAUCAAAUUGCAGGCAUGACCGACAAAAACAAGGAUCAACUUCUCAAGGAUCUACUCAACUUGGUUGGCGAAAGCUCGAAUGGUUUCUUGCACGAACUAUUCCCCAACCAAGUUGAUCAGGAUGACAAACGCCGUCCCCCAACCGCCGGUGACAAGAUUAAACUAUCGGCAAAUGAACUUGUCGAUACUUUAAUGCAAGCACAGCCAUCCUACAUUCGAACCAUCAAGCCCAAUGAGAAUAAAUCCCCCAAAGAAUACAACGAACCCAACGUUAUGCAUCAAAUUAAAUACCUUGGUCUCCAAGAAAAUGUUCGCAUUCGAAGAGCUGGUUUCGCAUAUCGUCAAACGUUCGAUAAGUUCGUGGAAAGAUUCGCACUUCUGUCACCAAGACUUUCCUACGCUGGAGAAUACACAUAUACAGGAGACGUAAAGACUGCUUCCAAAAUCAUCUUCAAAGAUACUAGUAUCCCAGAAGAAGAAUACCAAAUGGGCGUCACCAAAGCUUUCAUCAAGACCCCUGAAACCUUGUUCGGUCUUGAGCAUAUGCGAGAUCGCUACUGGCAUAAUAUGGCCGUCAGAAUUCAAAGGGCCUGGAGGAAUUACCUUAGAUACCGAGCUGAGGCAGCUACUAGAAUCCAAAGGUUCUGGCGCAAAUCGAAAGUUGGUGUCAAGGAAAUCGAAUUUCGAGACCAGGGCCAUAGACUGUUGGGUGGUCGAAAAGAACGUCGCAGAUAUAGUUUGCUUGGAUCAAGACGCUUCUUCGGUGAUUAUUUGGGACUCAACAUGCCUGGAGGGCAGGGCAGAGUUUUGCGAGAUUCGAUCAACCUCAACCCCCAAGAAAGAGCCGUCUUCUCUUCUCGGUGCGAGCUUCUGGUGACCAAAUUUGGACGAUCUUCGAAACCCAUGCCCAGAAUUCUGGUUCUUACCAACAAAGCGAUAUAUAUUGUGGUACAGACUGUACUCCAAAAUCAGCUUCAAAUCUCAGCAGAGAGAACGAUACCGAUCGGUGCAGUCAAGUACAUCUCAACUUCAAGUUUGCGCGACGAUUGGUUUGCUCUGGGUGUUGGGUCGCCUCAAGAACCUGACCCUCUAAUCAGCUGUCUUUUCAAGACAGAGUUCUUCCUCCAGUUCAAGACGGUUGCUGUUGGUGGUAUGAAUUUGAAGAUCGGACCGAUCAUUGAAUUCAAUAAGAAACCCGGAAAGCCAGCAACGAUCAAAGUCCAGAAGGAUCCCGCUAUUCCACGCGACGAUGUCUACAAGUCUGGUGUCAUACAUGUACCGAAUGGAGAGUCACCGAAUUCAGGCUCAAGGCCUACUCCACGAGGCAAAGCAAUUGCCAAACCCAUCACAAGCGGCAAGCUACUCCGUCCUGGUGGACCGGGUGGUCAGCCAUCAAAGACACAGAGUCGUCGCCCAAUGCCGGCCCCUAGACCUGCCACGCAAACCCCCGUUGCAGCGGCUCGACCGACUCCUGCAGCCCGCCCGGUUCCCCAACCGAUGAACGGAAUUCCCUCUCACAUUCGUGAUUCAUCAACGUCACGUGCAGGCCCACCCGCGCCUCCGCCUCCUCCGGCAGCUGCACCUGCCCCUGCCGCAGUACCUUCCAAACCCCAAGCCAAGGUCAAGUUUGAUUUCAACUCACCCAACUCGAAUGAAUUAUCCAUCAAAGCCGGACAAAUUGUGGAGAUUGUGCAGAAAGAAAGCAAUGGGUGGUGGCUCUGCAAGAACCCCCAGACCAACGCGCAAGGCUGGACACCAUCUGCGUACGUGGAGGAGAUUGAACAAGCUCGUGCGGCACCUCCACCUCCACCUCCCCCACCGGCCGCGCCUCCCCGCGCUCUCCCCACGCCGUCUGUUGUGGUCAAUGGAAACGCCAACGCAGCUUCUACGACUAGAGCGAAGCCUACGCCGCCCGCACCACCGGCAAAACGACCCGCGCCAGCAACUGGCCGGAAACCCGGUGUCUCGCCUGCCAGAGACAGUGGUAUGAGUCUCGGUACAGGAAGUGGCAGAGACUCUGGUCGGUCCACCCCCAACAGUAUUGGAGGGGGUAGUAUUGCGGGUGGUCUGGCCGAGGCCUUGAGAGCCAGACAGAGUGCUAUGGGCGGGAAGAGUGCAAAAGAGGAAGACGACGAUUGGUAG